AAUCCCAGGAAAAAAGAAGAAGAAGAAAAUGGCUCUGAGAUCUCUUGACAAUGCUCUUCCAGCCAAGCUCGAGAGGCCCAAAAAGACCAUGAAGGUCGCAACACUUCAUUCUGAGCUUCCUCUUGAUUCCUCUCUCAACAACGAGAACACACCACCGCAGCCGAAAGCAUCGGACCCUUCAGCCGAAUACAUAGCUUCAGAGGAUCUCCAGGCUCUAUCCGACCCCGGGGCCAAGAUCAAGGUUUUGUGGGAGGAAUUGGAAUCAAAGGAUUGGACCAAAGUGUGUGAAGCUCUCAAUGAUGUGCGAAGGCUCGCCCUUCAUCAUUCCGCCCUUCUACUCCCAAUCUUGGAAAAUGUGAUGUUGAUCAUGGUAAAAUCACUGAAGAAUCCAAGGAGUGCUUUGUGCAAAACGGCGAUAAUGACUUCUACCGACAUCUUCCAUUCAUUUGGCCACAUCCUGCUCUCUGCCUCAGACGAGACCAAAGCCUUCGAUAAUCUGCUGCUUCAACUUCUACUUAAAGCAUCACAAGACAAGCGAUUCGUGUGUGAAGAAGCUCAGAAAGCACUAGAUACAAUGGCUCAGUUCACAACUCCACUUCCAUUGCUGAAAAAGCUUCAAUCUUGUGUUAACCAUGUUAACCUCAGGGUGAGAGCCAAAGCAGCUGUUUCCAUCUCAAAAUGUGUCUCCAAUAUGGAACUUGAAAUUAUAAAGGAGUUCGGGCUAGGGACUCUUCUACAGAUUGCAGCUGAGCUGUUGAAUGAUCGAUUACCCGACGCACGUGAAGCAGCUAGGAGCAUUAUCAACGUAAUUCACAGUGGAUUUCCCAAAAAGGAUGAUACAAAGGAAAACGAUGAUGAAGAGGAGACUUCAGAGACAUGGCAGAGUUUUUGCUCAUCAAACUUGCCCCCAAUCUCAGCACAAUCAGUUGCGAAGCUUGUUUCGCAGUAGUUGGCUUCCUUUGUUUUGGAUGUUUAUUGGAAACUUUUUAGUGGUUUUCUAAUGCUACUGCAAGUAGCAAGUGGGGGGUGUUACAUACGUUUGUUCGUUUUGGUCAUCUGUUAAAAACUGCUAGAGGGUUUUUCAUGCUAAUGCAAGUAGCAAGUCUUUUAUAAAUAUAUCUUAUGUUUGUUGGGUUGAUC